AUGCCAGGGGAUGAGUUGUCAGAGGAUCACCUGUAUGCCCAGAAUGGCCAGGAUGAACACGAAGCUCAAUCACUUCUGUCUGCCUCGAGUGUGGAGCAGGACCUAGCUUUCCACCCAGAGCCUCUUCCGUCGCCGAUCCCCUCACAUAACGCGACAGAUGGCACACGCCACUCCUCUAUCUCUCAACCUACGGCAGACGGAAAGCGCCGCACACCCCGUACCAUGAAUCGAGUUCGAUUUGACCUGCAGGAAGAGCCCGAAGACCCCAAUCGCAUUUCCAUUGAGCGUGCCCUCAGCCCAGACGACAGUCCAGACGACACGCUAUGGCUAGAGGAUGAGGACUAUGAAAUUGGAAAUCGGGGCCCAAGAACACACCACAAUGGACAAUCAAUUCCUCUUCUCACAAACAUUGAAGCGCCUAGUGUGACACUUGCGACAUCGGACGAUUUCUUCCCUGAAGACCAUCUCGAAGAUGCACGGCCACGGAGUGGGAUGAAAAUGGCGUUCAUGAACAUGGCCAACAGCAUUAUCGGGGCUGGAAUUAUUGGGCAACCUUAUGCGCUUCGGCAGGCAGGUAUGACAGUGGGAAUUCUGCUGUUGACUGCCUUGACCAUCACUGUGGAUUGGACCAUUCGAUUGAUUGUGAUCAACUCUAAAUUGAGUGGUGCGGAUUCGUUCCAGGCGACUAUGCAGCAUUGUUUUGGGAAACCCGGUCUCAUCGCAAUAUCGGCUGCGCAGUGGGCAUUUGCAUUCGGCGGCAUGGUCGCAUUCUGUAUUAUUGUUGGCGAUACCAUUCCACACGUUCUAAGCGCUUUGUUUCCCUCUCUUAGGGAUAUGUCAUUCCUAUGGCUCCUCACAGAUCGCCGGGCCGUUAUCGUUAUCUUUGUUUUGGUUGUUUCAUACCCAUUGUCUUUGUAUAGAGACAUCGCCAAGCUGGCAAAAGCGUCUGCCUUGGCAUUGGUCAGCAUGAUAGUCAUUGUUGUCACUGUUAUAACCCAGGGUUUCCGGGUGCCGCCUGAAUCGCGCGGAGAGAUUAAAAGCCACCUCAUAUUCAACACUGGCUUUUUCCAAGCUGUUGGGGUGAUCUCUUUUGCUUUUGUUUGUCACCACAACAGUCUUCUGAUCUACGGCUCAUUGAAAAGGCCGACGCUCGACCGUUUCACCCGGGUCACUCAUUACUCGACAGGAAUAUCUCUACUGAUGUGCCUAGCAAUGGGCAUCGCAGGGUUCCUGUCCUUCGGGUCUAAAACCCAGGGCAAUGUUCUGAACAACUUUCCAUCAGACAAUAUCGUUGUCAAUAUCGCACGAUUUUGCUUUGGCCUGAACAUGUUGACGACACUACCGCUUGAGGCGUUCGUCUGCCGUUCCGUCAUGACAACAUACUACUUUCCCGACGAACCGCACAACAGUGUUCGCCAUGUUAUCUUCACAACGGCACUAGUGGUGACUUCGAUGGUGUUGUCCUUGAUAACCUGUGAUCUGGGAAGUGUUUUUGAGCUCAUUGGCGCGACCAGUGCUGCUGCUCUAGCCUAUAUAUUCCCUCCUCUCUGUUACAUUAAACUAAGCAGUGCUACGCGGCGGGAGAAGAUCCCGGCGUAUCUCUGCAUUUGCUUUGGGGUGCUUGUGAUGGGUGUGAGUCUAGUGCAGGCAGUCGUCAAGAUCAUUCGAAAUGACGGCGAGGCUCAUAGUUGCAGUGCAUCCUAG